AUGCGACAGCAACUUUCCUUCUCCGCGCUCACUCUGGUGACGCUUCUUCUCGCCGCCAAGGCUCAAGAAUCCCAUGGCGUCGAGACUGAGAUUUAUCAGGAUUCCAUUCUCGAUGAAGCGCCUACUGUCGUGGGUAACAAGGAUUACCUGGAAGAACCCCCCGAAGACCCGCGCACCUUCUACUCUGACCUGCACCCAUGCCCUCGCGCAUGCGAUGGCAAGCACUCGGACGAGUGGGAUCUUUUCACGUCUAUCGGUAGACUCGAGUACUGCAUAGAGCCUAUGCUCAUCGAUGUGGCGCUUUACAAUCCGCUGGAUGAUAAAGAGACCAUCACAGUCAUACGUGCCUGCACUCAAGGCAAUGCCAACAGUCGCGUCAACGCCGCUUUCGGACCCUCUAAUGGGCCAGAGUUUCAUAAUGCCCCUUUGCUCAACCGCCGCAACAUCCUAAGUCGACCGCGGCGCUCAUCUCUCGAGUGUCCCGUGGGCAAAGACAGGUCAACGGUGAUUCAGCUCAGCAUGUCUGGUUCAAGCCCAAAAGAUGGUCAUCUGGAUGCGGCCGUUUUCUUGCUCCAUCAGGUCUUAGAGCUCUUUCAAGAGAGCGCUACUUGUCACACAAAAUCGAUGCUUGGAUACUUGAAUGGUACUGUCGUGGGAGUUUACGCCGGGACUUCCAUCAACAAGGCUUCCGUGCACUCCGUUCUGGAGGAGAUUACACCUCUUCUUACAAAAGAAAAAGUCGCCAAUGCUACAGCGCAAAUUUGCGACUCGCGCGGGAGCGCAAGGGAUGUCGUUGGGGUUGCUAUAUCUUCAAAUGGCGAUCUCGCGGCGGUGCAGGACGCUCUGCGGCUUUGGGACCGCGUUGACUGUGCUGCGAAUCUUGCAUCGGCUCAAGAGAUUCCCGUGGUAAUUCAGGCUGAAGCAAAUCUCGCAAUGAAUCAGACAAUGACCAGCAACACUGCAUUUUGCAUCUCAAAUUGCGGAAUGAGCAUAGUCAGCUCCGGACCGCCUGCAGCGUAUGGUCGUGUUGGCUACUAUGAAUCGUGGAACUUCGAGCGCAAUUGCCUCUAUCUCAAGGCAGAGCAUGCUAAUACGGACGGAACCUAUACAAUCAUCCACUGGGCCUUUAUGGAAAUCGAUACUGAAAACUGGAAGCCAAAGAUCAAGGACCCUCAUGCGCAAUGGGAAGGUUUCAAGUCUCUGACUGGCGUUAAAAAGGUUAUUUCAUUCGGCGGUUGGGGUUACUCAACUGCACCGGAAACCUAUAAUAUCCUACGCCAGGCAAUGAGCCCUACUCAUAGGCUUCAGUUUGCAGGAAACGUUGUCAAGUUCAUUAUCGAACAUGGUCUAGAUGGUGUUGACUUCGACUGGGAGUACCCUGGUGCCACUGACAUUCCAGACACACCACCCGGCAGCCCUGAAGAUGGCCAAAACUAUUUAGCCUUUUUGAUCGUCAUGAGCAACAAGAUUCAUAGACAGCCCCCGUAUCACUACACGCUUUCAAUAGCCGCACCGGCGUCAUUCUGGUACCUGAAGGCGUUCCCGAUUGAAGUGAUGUCUUGGUACCUUGAUUAUAUUGUGUAUAUGACAUACGACCUGCAUGGGCAAUGGGAUGCAGGAAAUCAGUGGUCAACUGAGGGCUGCCCAGCUGGAAAUUGUCUCCGCUCGCAUAUCAAUCUAACCGAGACUGAGACGGCACUAGCUAUGAUAACCAAAGCUGGCGUCCCGUCAAAGAGGAUCUACGUCGGUGAAGCCAGCUACGGCCGCUCUUUUAAGAUGAGCCAUGAGGGUUGUGACGGGCCAGACUGUACUUUUGAAGGCGACCGGAUGCACUCGCAAGCCGCCCCGGGCAUCUGCACCGACACUUCGGGCUAUAUAUCCUAUGCCGAAAUUUCUCGCAUUAUUGAGAAUGACUCUUCUUCUAGGCCUUGGCAUGACCACGACUCUAAUUCGGAUAUUAUGGUCUAUCAGGAGACUGAGUGGGUAGCAUAUAUGACGCCAACCACCAAGGACACGAGACGCAAUUUUUGGAAGGGCAAGAACUUUGCCGGAACCAUUGAUUGGGCUGUUGACCUAAUGAGCUACCACUCUGACGAUGAAUCCUUUGGCCACGGUGAGGAUUGGUCCAGCGAGUUUGAGGGCGGAACCAUCAGUCCUGGUGAGUGUAAGGGGACGUAUGCCAGUCUCGAAGACAUUGAAAAAGACAGGGAUAGCAUCCCUUUGCAUUGCCGCGACGAGUACACGCUUGUGGCUCUAUCAUUUAUCCUAAAAGACUCCAUUUCCAAGCAUGACGAGCUGAUACAGGACCACUACGAUCAUAAUUUCGGCGUAUACGCCGAGGCUGUUGCUAACGGCGCACAGAAUACUGUCAAGGAUUUCAUGUACAAGAACGCCAGCGAGUUCUUCACUUGCCAGGUAACAGAAGUUGUCGAUUCAUGCAAGCAUUGCUGGGAUUCUUGGAUAAGAAAAGGGAACAACCGGGACAAAACCCGCCUUUGCCGGUACUGUGAAGAUUACGUUUGUGGCUCCACAGUAUUACCGAUGAUCUGCUGGGAGAUGAAUGUUCCUUGCCCUGAUCCUCUACACCAAUUUCUCUUCCGCGAGAAGGACUUUGCAUGCCCACCUGACUUUUCCGAGCGCUCUGAUGAACCAGACAAGGACAACCUCAUCCGGUCAUCAACGAGAUGGACGUUAAAAGAGGGCAAAAGCGACGCGUUUUAUGCCGCCUUGUUAGCCGGCACAGACGUUUCCAGCGACAAGAUUGUGUGGGAGGAUGUACGAUGGCACGAUGCCGAUGGACCACCGUCAUACCAUGCGCACGAACCAAUGUACAUGGACUUUAACUUCCCUAAUCCGAAAUACUACAAAAAGGAAGACGUUAUGAACCCUAAAGAGGUGAUUAACAAGGGCCGCGAAAAGCUCAAUUCCAUUAUGCCAACGAUUGACGACGUCUUGGGCCUAGUCCAGCAAAACAAAUACGCCGGCCUCGUCGGCGAUCUGGUGGACGCACUCUCGGUACCAAUCGCCAUGGCACAGCAGUCGGUUGCCAACAUGCAGCGGGCUAACGACAUUGGCCAAAAUAUUGACGACGAGCAAAAGAAGAACUUUAUUAUCCUCUUUCUCACCGCUAUUCUCUUCUUUAUUCCGUUUGUCGGAGAGAUUGCUGGCACUAUUGGUGUCUUGGCCGGCGUUGCUCGCAUUAUCACUGUUGUCGGCGAGCUUGGAGCAGUCGGGCUGGACAUUUACUCGCUCGUGGACAGUAAAGGCAACGAUCCAUUUGCCAUUGCUGGCAUUUUAUUUGCGCCUCUUGCUCUGUAUGACGUCGCUGCUGUUGCGGCGGCGGCGGCGCUGCGGAGAGGAAUGAAGGAGAGGCAAAUUACUUCCAUUGGCAAUGAGGCAAAGCAGACGCUGGACAAGAUUGACCGCAUCAAAGGUCGUAAGUCGGGUGCCAGGGCAAGCUGUCCGGUGAAGAGGGAGGUUGAACCGAUCAAGGUCGCAUGGGAGAAUGCACUGCUGAAGAGCAGCUUGAAUGACACACCUGUGGUGAGGAGCGGCCUUGAGUAA